AUGGAUUUCAAUCAACUUAAAAGACUUACGGAGUAUGCAAAGAUAAUUGAAGGUAUCGGCGACAAAGAAGCCGUAAAACACCUAGAAAGUGCUAUUGAGUCCUUUCUUAAAGAAGUUGAAAGCCUCUUGGAUAAAGUUACUAAUCUUGGAGGGAAUUUGGAAAAAGCUGCAGAAGGAGCCGAUAGUGAAGGGAUUUGCCAAAAUGCCUGCCAGAAAUUGACUAAUCUAUCUGGUCUUCUUAAAAAAGCUAAGGAAAGUUGUUGUGGAAAGGGGCCUCACAAGUGUACUACCUUAUUCAAGAGUAUUGAUGAUGUACUCAAGGAAGUCACCGAAGAAGGUCUUGAUAACACACUUGGAGGACUCAAAGAUUUCCUCGGAAUCUUUAAGGGGGAUGAAACAUUAGGAGAGGAUAUUCGUGAAGAGGUAAAAGCAACUACAACAACUAUUGAGAAGUUUUUGGAAUCUAAAUUUGAUGAUAAAUUAACGGAAGAAACUCUUAGUUGCUUUAAGAAAUGCUUUAGUGGAACAGUAUGCGAAGAGCAAUGCGCCUCCGAUUUUUCAGAGGGUCUUCAGGGAAAAGUAGACCAGUUAAAAAUAUUGGUUGACGAAUGCCCAAAAGAAGAAGUUAAGGGUCAACUCACUGAACUUUUUGAACAAGUUUGUGCUUUGUCUAAUAACAUUCAGGAGAUGGCCGCUGCACCUGAGAAUGUUUUUAAACAUUCUUGUGGACAACUUGCUAAUUUUUCUCAAGUAAGUGAAGAAUUCCGUUCGGAACUUAGAAAGGUGAAAGGAACCUUGAAGGAUAUAAGCGAAAAACUUAUUGAUUUAGAAAAGAAAAGUGAAGAAAUUAGAAAACUUACAAGAAAGGGAUUUUUUGAAAGACUUCAAGAUUUUUACCAAAGACUCAAGGAAAAUAUACUGUCGAUAAACACUGGAAGUUUAUAUGGAAAUCUAUGCUUGGCAUUCUUGGGAAUUCUGGUCAUACAGAUCAUCAUUUGGAGCUUUGGAAGGGAGGAUGAAGAGACUGAUUUCCAAAAAGCAUGGAAUACGACAGUAUACUUCAUAGCUGUAGUGGUAAGUAUUAUAUAUCUCCAGUGGCUGGCGAAUAAGGGAUAUAAAAGUAGCAGUGGCAUUGGAGAUACUCUAAAGAAAGAGUGGCCAACCAUUUUGAGCACAAUUCCGAUGAUGAUAGGAAUUCUGAAUUUUGGGCCAAUAAAGAGCAGCAUUUAUGCUUUGACAAUGGCUGCUACUGCUGUCGUGAUGCUUUAUGCACAGAAUCUUGUGAGAACAAACAAUAUGUCUAAAAAGGGGAUGCUCUUAGUUGGGGUCGGGAACUUGAUUAUAAUUUUGGCAUACUUCACUGGGCCUGAGUCGUCUUUUAUGCCUACUAUUAGUGGUCCUAACUACCGUGCGUAUACUGCACUUAUCAUAUUCGUCAUUCUUCUCCUUAUCAUAUCAUACCUGGAACGAAACCUCCCAAAGGAGGAGGUAUUGAAAGAAGGAACACCGGGAACGAAGGGACUUGCCUAUUGGAUUAGUUACGCAUUGUUCGCAUUAACGCUGAUCACGGUUACUUGGGUGUCUUACAUGGCAGGAAGUGACUACCAUCAACUUUAUGGUUCCAACAAUAGCACUAAGCCUUUAAACGACGAUUUCUUUAAUUCAUGA